CAGCCAUAUUGGCGGAUGAAAUGGGGCUUGGUAAGACUGUGCAGGCAGUUACAUACUUAACUUUGUUGAAGCACCUAAAUGAUGAUCCUGGUCCCCAUUUGAUUGUAUGCCCAGCUUCUGUUUUAGAGAAUUGGGAGAGAGAAUUGAAAAGAUGGUGCCCAACAUUUUCUGUUAUCUUAUUCCAUGGAGCUGGAAGGGCGGUCUAUUCAAAAGAAUUAAGUUCUAUGGGCAAAGCUGGUUUGCCACCACCUUUUAAUGUAAUGCUUUCAUGUUACUCGCUUUUUGAAAGACGCAGUUCACAGCAGAAAGAUGACCGUAAGGUAUUGAAACGGUGGCAAUGGAGCUGCAUAAUUUUAGAUGAAGCUCAUGUUAUGAAAGAUAAAAAUAGUUUUCGAUGGAAAAAUCUUAUGUCAGUUGCAAAAGGUGCUCGACAACGUUUAAUGUUGACCGGAACACCUCUUCAAAAUGAUUUGCAUGUAUAUUCACCUUUGCUAUUUUGUCUUUUUUAUUCCUGCUAAUGUUUAUCUGUAGUA